AUGGGACGACAUGGCGUCGCCCUCGGAAUGGGACAUCCGCCUCGCGGAAAGCCGCGGCCGCGCCUCAAUCCGCGCGGCGUCGCCUCAGUCCGCAAUUAUCGGCGCCGACCCGACGCGGCGCGGCCAGCACGCUGCGGCGUGUCCUCGGAGGGCGAGCUCGUCGGAGAAGUGGCGGUCGCUCGGAAACCAGACCUGAACUGGUCUGUUCGGCUGCCAGUAUCAAGUACAGUCGAACAGUUCCGGAUUUCAGGAGCAGAGCGUCGAGUGUAA